AUAUUAAACUCCGGAGGCGGCAUACGUGACAAAAUGUGUUGGCUGGUCCCGAGCAUAUUGUUAGCAGUAGCAACUGUAAAAGCUAAUCAAAUUCAUAAUGAUACUCUUAGUUUACCCGGCAAUGGUGACAAGAUUCCUAUAAAUAAAUGUUGCCCUUUCAACCAAUAUAUGGGUCGCAAAAAAGCCUGUGUGAACUACACCUCCGAGCUUUAUAUCACAAAUGUGACGAUAUAUGAUGAGGCUUUUCGGAAAACCGGGAAAUCUUUCGAAGAUGUCUUUGAAUUAACACCGAAUAAACUGAAGGACCAAGACUUUAAAAAUCAUGCACUGGACACUCACUACCUGGAUUUUAAUAUAUAUCUUAUAGAGAAUGGGGUACUUCAACUGGAGCUCCCAAACGCCUACAAUCGUUGGAACGCAAUAGCGAAAGAAAACUACUGCAUAGACUAUCGCAUAUUGAAAAACAAAAGUUUGAUAAACAAGCGGUUUUGGGUGGUACUGCCGGAUAAUGAACCCGCUGCUAGUAACCCCUAUUUAACGUACGCUACAUUCAUAUCAUGUUUCUUCAUGAUACUGGUGCUCAUAGUGUACGCGAUGCUUCCCGAGCUUCGGAAUCUAUGUGGCAUGAUCCUCAUGGCAUAUGUCGCUAGUCUGUUCAUGGCCUUCCUACUGCUGGCCAUCAUACAAAUAAAGAUACAUCAUCCAACAACCUGCAUUGGUUUGACGAUGGGCAUCUAUUACUUCUUCCUUGCUGCAUUCUGUUGGAUGAGCGUCAUGUCCUACGAUAUUUGGUGGACCUUCAGAGGGUACGCAAAAGCCCGACCCAUCCAUCGAAGAGGAGAAAACUUCAAGUUCCUGAUGUACUGCCUCUACGCUUGGGGUGUUCCUCUCCUGAUGACCAUCGCCCUAGCCUUGCUGAAUACCUACACGAAGAAAAUGAAACAUCUGCCCUGGUUCGUCACACCUCAUGUACCUGACUACGGCUGUUUCUUGGAAGGAGGUGUAAAACUGCUGUACUUAUACAUGCCAAUGCUGAUCCUCAUUCUAUGCAACUGGAUAUUCUACUUGAUGACUGCGUUCAACAUUUGGCGGUUGAGUCGUGGAACUGCUGUCCUGGACUCGGCCGCUGCUGGCAAUCCUCAGGCCCAUCGCACACAUAGACACAGGUUCAUGGUGUACCUGAAGCUGUCAGUAGUCAUGGGUUUGAACUGGGUGCUGGAGAUCGUGAGCUUCCUCUACCCUGACUUCAGUAUGUGGUACCUGAGUGACGCCUACAAUAUCCUCAUAGGACUGGCCAUAUUCCUUAUAUUCGUUUGCAAGAAGAAAAUCUUGAAAAAAUUGUGUAAACGCUAUCUCGGAAGGAACACCAUGCGCUGGUACCCCUCAUCCAAGAGUUACUCGAGCAGUACAUCAGAUUCCAACAACGAGACAAUGACCCUACAGUCGAAAGUGUCAUCUCAACCAAAUGGAUUGAACGGCUAUAUAAUACACAACAGAAUUAAGCCAGAAUAUUAGAAAUCUCGACCUACUAGGUAUUACUUAUUUAGUCAUAAAUCAUACUCAAUAAUUGUAAAUAAAGUGGUACUUAUUAACUUCCUGGAAGUUGAUACUCAACAUAUUAUAUUAGUAACAAAAAAGUAAUUAUAUUAGUAAUAAUAAUAAGCACACGUUACAAUUAAAGUGCGCGAUAUGUCACAUAUGCCAUCGACUGUAUUUCAGUCUUAGAGCGAACAAGCGCAUAAAAUACUACUCUUAGAACAAAAUAUCCCAUUAGUUCAAUUAGUUGUACCGAGAUUUUCAUUGUGGAACUGGUGGGAAUAUAACUUCCCACUAGUUCUACUAUUUUGUUUUACCUCAUAUCGUAGGACUAGUGGGAAAAAAACCCAUUAGUUCUACCGUAGACUGGUACAGUAGAACUACGGGGAAAAACCGUAUCUAUACACUUAUUUAUUGCAUGGUAUUCAAUAACUACUUACACCACUAGUAGUAGCAUUAUACGUAUCUACUUGAAAUUAUACCUAGAAACAUAUCAUUCACUUUAAUACUUUAAGUUUAAGUACCGUGACGCAAUAACAGUCUAUUAAUAUUUAGAUAUCCCAAUAUGUAAUUAAUAUGUGUAUGUCUCCUAAUAUGUAGUUACACUUAGGUGAGCACUCUGCAGACUUUUAGUCGGCCGACAGUUUGUUCGGAUCGAACUCAUAAAUCAGUAUGGAAAUGAAUGGUAGUAUGCACACAACUCGAUCAGACAUUAGAUAUAGGAUUUGGCCGGUAUCAGGCGACAAAAAACUAUGGUUGAAUUCACGAGUCUCUUUAAAACUGUCAGCCGACUGUUUAUUUUGCAGUGUGUGGGAAUAUGAAACACAAAAUGCGAUUUAUGUGAACUUGGAGCAUGAACCAACUUCUUCAGAUGAAUGACUUGGAGAAUCUAGUCCAUUCCCAAAGUCUGUAGAAUUUUAUGAACACCCACCGCCAUCUGUCGACGUUUGUAACAAAUGGGAUUCUAGCGUUAGUUCCAUUGGUCCACCAUUUCAAUUAUUUCCUUAAAUUAAUAUAAUUAGUGUCGCAUAUUGAUUUGUAGGUACAUUUUUAUAUUCGUCAACAAUCUGACUUAACUUUUUCAGAUGUAGUAGUGCCAUCUCACAAAAUUAUGUGAAGUUGAACAAAAAUCUAGGGUGCAACUUGCAGGUACUCAGCUAAAAGCUGCAAUACGGAAUCGUGCAAGAGCAACUAGAUGGCACUGCAAAACUUAAAAUUGAAAUAGCUUUAUAAUUCUAUUUUACUAGUUGCCCGGUGCGUUCAGCACCUAACCAUAAUUUUGAUAGUUUGAGUUAUAAAAUUACAAAGAAAAGUAGCUGAGGUACAUUUUUAUGUACACAGAUAUAAUUUAAUAAUUUUCAUAAUUGCGUUUUCUUCAGUACUGUUUUUGAAAGGUAACAUCCAUUCAUAUGAUACAAAAUUGUAUAAGAAAAUGUUAUUGUUAUUUAGUUGUAAUUUCAAUUACUUUUGAGACGCUACAUGGCCAUACAGGGUACAGAAAAAUACGUGAAGUACUUAAGUACAUUUAGCAAUAAGUACCCUUAGUAUUUUUGCUUAAUAACAUGAUAUUCCAAUAUAAUUAAUAAAUCGAUUGAUAUGUAAAAAUAUUUGCUGUGUACUAGUACAUUGUCAAAAAUAACUAACAAAAAUACGUUCGACCUACUUAUUAACACAAAAAUAAUUAAGAAUUGUAAGCGGAGUAAAAUUACUUUAAUAUGUAAGGAAAAUAUUCAACCAUUUGAUAAGUUUCUAUUAUAAUGUUUUACCUUAAGGUAUUCUAUACCUAACAUACGUAAUAAAUGUAUAAUGUACGACAAUAUCCCAAAGAAAAUAAUUAAGUAUAUUUAAGUUUUUAUGAAUUAAAAAGGUUAAUUUGUCAAA